AAUUGCCCAGAAUCAUGGCUCCCAUCAAGUCUAUCGAGUACUUUCGCGUCAAGCCGCGCUGGCUUUUUGUCAAGGUGACGGACAACGAAGAUAAGUUUGGUUGGGGUGAGGCUACGCUUGAGGGGCAUACACAGGCUGUGGAGGGUGCGUUGGAUGAGAUCAUUGGGAGGCUUGUUGGUUAUGAGGCUGAUGACAUCGAGCACAUCUGGCAAACUAUCUGGCGGCUGGGUUUCUAUCGCGGUGGGCCCGUUUUCAUGUCCGCCUUGUCCGGCAUUGACAUCGCAUUGUGGGAUCUAAAAGGGCGGAGGUUGAACGUACCGGUGUACCAGCUUCUCGGAGGCAAGGUACGCAACAAGGUACAGGUUUAUGCUUGGAUUGGAGGUGAUCGGCCGAGUGAUGUUGAAGUAGCUGCCAAGGCACGUCUCGCACAGGGACUCAAAUGCGUCAAGAUGAACGCGACAGAAGACAUGAACUGGCUCGACUCGCCAUCCGUACUAGACUCCUGCAUUGAGCGCAUCAAACAGGUCAAGGCUCUCGGUCUUGAUGCUGGUCUCGACUUCCACGGCCGUCUACAUCGCCCCAUGGCUAAGCAGCUCGCGAAAGCACUUGAGCCUUACCGUCCUUUGUUCAUCGAGGAACCCCUGCUUGUUGAGCAUCCCGAAGCUAUCAAGCAGCUUUCUCAGCACACGACUAUCCCAAUCGCCUUUGGUGAGCGAUUGUAUACUAGGUGGGAUGUGAAGCGGUUCCUCGAGGAUGCGUCAGUGGAUGUGCUGCAGCCGGAUAUUGCGCAUGCUGGUGGGAUCUCGGAAACAAAGCGAAUUGCGACCAUGGCGGAGACUUAUGACGUGGCGAUUGCGCCGCACUGUCCUCUUGGUCCAAUUGCCCUCGCAGCUUCAAUGCAAGUCGCCCUCUCAACCCCGAACUUCGUCAUCCAAGAAAUGUCGCUCGGAAUGCAUUACAACGUUGAAGCCGGUGACAUUGACCUCACAAGCUACCUAACAAAUCCCACGGUGUUCAACAUCGAAGAGGGAUAUGUGCCAGCGCCUACAGGAGCGGGGCUGGGAGUGGAGAUCGACGAGGAGAUGGUGCGUAGAAUCAGUCGGGAAUCGGAGCCAUGGCUACCGAAGGAAUUCUAUGGCGUCGAUGGGGGUAUUCGCGAGUGGUAGAUAGCUUAGACUUGUAGGACAGAAUGUGGGGGUGAAUGCGGAGGUGAUCUGCAUCCUGACGUCUGAGAAUGCG